GUGACCACGUGUUGUGCGCGAGCGGCGCUGUUGUUCUACUGCUGAGAUGAGCGCGGAGGUUCAGAAGGGGAAGAAGAGAGCGAAGACGCAAUAUGUGGGCAAUGCCAAGCGGCACAAGGGCAGGCAGCUGGAGGUGGGCAUGCAGGGCAUCCUCAUCACCUGCAACAUGAACGAGAGGAAGUGCGUGGCGGAAGCCUACAGCCUGCUCAAUGAGUACGGAGAGCUGCUGUACGGCGCCGAGAAGCUGUGUGGGAAAGAAGAUAAACUGUCAGGCAGUGAGGAGGAAGAUGAUGAUGAUGAUGUUGAAGCCGCUCUAAAGAAAGAAGUUGACCAGAUUCGUACAUCGACUGAAAAGAAUUUGCGCAGAUUUCAGUCAGUAGAAAGUGGGGCUAAUAAUGUUGUUUUCAUUAGGACUCUGAAUGUAGAGCCCGAGAAGUUGGUCCACCACAUUUUAAACGAGUUACACACUACGAAGAAGAAGAAGACGAGAGUCAUCCUUCGUAUGUUACCCGUCACGGGUACUUGUAAAGCUUUCCCCGAGGAUCUCAGGAAAUACGCAGAGACGUUCUUCCAGCGUUGGUUUAAAGCUCCCAACAAAGGAACUUUUCAAAUUGUGUAUAAGGCGAGAAAUAACAAUCACAUGAACAGGGACGAGGUCAUCAAGGACCUGGCAGGAAUAGUUGGGAGCCUGAAUCCAGAGAAUAAAGUGGACCUGACCAACCCAGAGUACACCAUUGUAGUAGAGAUCAUCAAGAACGUCUGUUGCCUUAGCGUGGUGAAGGACUACACCCUGUUCAGGAAGUAUAAUCUGCAGGAGGUGGUAAAGAGCGCCCGGGAGGAAAAGCCACAGGAACCAGCGGGGGAGGAGGGAAAGGAAAAGGCACAAGAACAAAGCAAGGAUGACCCUGUAGUGGGCUCUGAUGCCUAAGAACCAUGUACUGGGAAGUCAAAGAACGUCGAAGACCCACAAUGUUUUAUGGAUUUUAAAGGGCACCUGUCAGCAGAUUUGUCCUUAUGACACUGGCUGACCUGUUACAUGUGCGCUUGGCAGCUGAAGGAGUCUGUGUUAGUCCCAUGUUCAUAUUUCCCUGUAUUGCU